AUGCCGCUUCCUCUUGCUGGCGAUGGCAACUUUACGGUCCCACCACUGGACGGGUCGAUGCUGGUACCGUCGAUGAUCGACUUUCACAUCGUCCAUUCGCCCGACUGGGUCUUUGCAAGGUACCUCGACGGCAAAGGCCAGCUCGUCGAGAUGCGAUGGAAGUGGACUGUAGGAAAGGCGAUUCACAUCUUUGCGCGUGAGGUGGCCCGCAAGUACCUUGGCACAGACCUCGACAAGGGGCAACUUCCCCCUCUCAAGAAGAUCAACAGUGGCGACAAGGGCGAGAGAUUCUCGAGACCAGUCGUUGCAGUCAUUGCUUAUGCACCUCACCAGACCUACCUCCCCGUCUUUUUUGGCCUCCUCCGAGCUGGCGCUGUGCCAUUUCUUAUCAGCACGAACAACUCCGCAGAGGCAAUUGCCCAUCUGCUCAAGACAUCUGGCUCCUCAUUUGUCCUUCGCGGUCCCGGCGGCUCCGCGCCCGACGUUGACGCCGCCAUUGAUCGCGCCAUCGAACAGGUUGGCCCGCAACAGGCGAUCAGCUUUAUCCCUUACCCGACCCGUGACUUCCUCUUUGGACACAACCUCGAGACGCAGCCUUUCCUCGGCGCCCCCUUCCCCGCCGCUGACGCGCCUUUGGAUUCCCCGUGCGCCAUCUUGCACUCAUCCGGCACGACCUCCUUUCCCAAGCCAAUCGUCUUGACGCAGUUCCACGCAGCGGCCCUGGCAAGACAGACAUGGUGGGGCGACAGAUCAUUGGUAGGAAGAUCCUUCUUUGUGGGUCACUUGCCACCCUUCCAUGCACUGUGCCUCUACCUUUCAGGAUUCUUCCUCAUUGGUGGAGGAUGGACGGUGCACCUGCGCAAGGAGGCCAUCCCUCUCAAACCCGUCACGCCAGAAAACAUCAUUGAAGAGCUGGUGUCGUUGCCAAGCGAAGUCCUGAUUGCUGUGCCCUCAUUCUUUGACGCCUGGUCGCGCGACGAAGCUGCCUGCAAAGUUCUGCGCAACAUGCAGUGUGCCUUUGGCGGAGGACCUCUGUCGUCUUUGACUGCACAGCGAAUCGAGGCCGCCGGCGUCAGCUUGCAGACGGCGGUGGGCAUUACCGAGAUCGGCAUCGUGACACGCUACCCCUGCAAGGACAACACCAGCUCAGCCUUUCGACUCAACGCCAUGAUGCAGCCGUUCUUUAGGCCGGUCGGACAAGACCAGUAUGAGCUACUGCUUGGUCCUCGUCCUGGGUUCGUUCCCCACGUUCUCAACGAUUCAGUCCAGGUAGAUGGCCAAGAGCAAGCGGUGUAUGCCACUUCGGACGUCGUGGAGUUCGUCCAGGGAAGUGUGUCGGAUCCGGAGAACGCGUUCAUCAGGAUCGUCGGUAGGGCAGACGACCAAAUCAUGCACUCUUCUGGCGAAAAGACGAAUCCGGGUCCACUGGUCGACAUUAUUGACGAGUGUCCCGACGUCAAGGCGUGCCUCUACUUUGGCAGGCAGAAACCUCACGUCGGCCUCCUCGUAGAACCGAAGACACCGUUGAAGUCACACAACGAGGCAGACGUUGCGCAAUUGCGCAACCGCAUUUGGCCAUGGGUCAAGAAGGCUAACGCCUUUGCGCCAUCGCACUCGGCCCUCUUCAAGGAGAUGAUUGUUGUAGCGAGCGAGGCCAAGCCCUGGGAGCGAACAUCAAAGGGAUCACUUCGGAGCGGGGCCAUCGUCAAGCUGUAUGACGACGAGAUCGAAGCAGCCUAUUCCGCCUUCGAAACUAUUGCUGAGAGUGACAUCAAAGUGCCCCAGCUCUGGACGACUGAAUCGACGCUCGACUACAUCAGACAAGUCGUGGGUGAAGCCGUCGGCUCUGGCAAAAUUGACGACGACACGGACAUCUUUGCAAUGGGCGCCGACUCUCUCAAGGCGACAAAGAUCCGCAAUGUCGUGGCCAAGGCUGCAGACAAGAGGCUCCAGCCAACAUUCAUCUAUUCGAACCCGACGGUCAGUGCUAUGGCGGGCGCUUUGCUGGACCUCGUCAGCGGAUCAGGCGAUCAAGAGGACGAUGUAAAGCAGGUCGUCGAUGCGUCCAAGCACGUCCAGGCCAUGGAGGCCAUGCUGCAAAAGUACGCCAAAGACCUGCCCACUCGUUCGCCUGCCGCACCAGCAGUAAACGGAAGUGCAAGAGGACAUGCCGCUACCCAGUCCAUUCUCGUCACGGGCACGACGGGAGGCAUGGGCAGCCACAUUCUCGAUGAGCUUGUCAAGGACCCAAACGUCGUGGCUGUCUACGCUGCCAACCGGUCCAGCCGCGGCCAUUCGCUUCUGGAGCGGCAACGCCAGGCCCUGCGCUCGAGGGGUGUGGAUGAGUCCGUUGCUACGUCGCCCAAGGUCCGACUCAUCGAGAUCGACACCGAGCGAGUCGACUUGGGAAUAGACGAAGAAACCUACGGUGAACUGACCAUGAGCCUGACGUGCAUCAUCCACAACGCCUGGCGCUUGGACUUCAAUCUGGCUCUGUCGAGCUUCGAGAGUCACAUCAAGGGCACGAACAAUCUCAUCCGCCUCUCCCUGCGCUCGACCCGUCCACAUCCGCCCCGUAUCGUCUUCACCAGCUCCAUUGCGACUGUCCGUGGCGCCGAAGGCCCCACAGGUGCUCCAGAACUGCCCCUCGAGACAUUCUACCCUUCUGUUGGCUUCGGGUACGGCGAGAGCAAGGCUGUGUGCGAGCGCCUGCUCGCUGCUGCUUCGUCAAAGGCCAAGAUUCCGACCACGAUCGUCCGCAUCGGCCAGAUGAGCGGCAGCAACACCAACGGCGCCUGGGCCACAAGCGAUUGGGUGCCGCUCAUCUUCAAGUCAUUCGAGACCGUCAGCUGUCUCCCAUCUAUGCCUGAUGAAGACAUUUGCUGGAUCGCAAGCGACGUUGCCGCCAAGGCUCUCGUCGAAUUCGUCGCAUCGUCUUCCCCCUCCUCAUCGCUGUCCGAGGUGCUGCACAUCGUUUCGCCACGUACGGCGAAGUGGGACGACGUGAUGCAAGCCGCAGUUUCCAUUCUCGCCAAUGGUGGACGCGGUAAGCUUGUGCCUUAUGCCACUUGGGUCGAUUCGAUCAAAGACGCCGGUCAAAAGACGUCGCCGGAAAAGUUCCCCACCUGGAAGCUUUCCGGCUUUUACGAGGCCGUUGUCCCCAUCGCGUCGACCAAGCUCGGGCCCGAUCGAGAAGCAAUGGGCCCCAAGCGCCUUCUGACAGACGAAUCUAAGAAGCGCAGUCAGACGUUGAGCAAGUGCGAGUCCAUCAAGACUGACGAUGUCAAGAAGUGGCUUCGAUACUGGUCCACCGUCGGUUUUCUCAAGCCCUAG